ACAGUCCUGCACACACCAUGAUUACGGGAAAGCGUAAAUAAAUACGGAAAGGGUUGAUUAUUUUGACUACUGGAAGAGCCUUGCUGGGUCUCAGUGCAACUUUUGUUUUUAUGACUGAGAAGGUGAUCUCUCCAUGCGUUUCUCUCACACAAGGAUUCUUUAAAAGAGGAAGAGAGACAGAGAGGGGGGAGAACAACCUUUCACUUUAAGACCGGCUGGGCUCAAAGAUAAAAGGAAGGGGAAAGCGGCGCUAGGAAUCCACCGCUGCAGCACUUCGGAAAGACGUUUCUGAUACAUUUCUGAGCGCGGCGGCCCGUUUCUCCACCGAAGUUGGCUCCAGCUCUAGCAGCCGCAUUGGAUCCCACAGCUUAUUGCGAGACUCCGGUGUACAAUCCGGAUCUCUGCCCCAACAUGAUCGCGGCCCAGGCCAAGCUGGUCUACCAUCUGAAUAAAUACUACAACGAAAAAUGCCAAGCCAGGAAAGCUGCCAUUGCCAAAACUAUCCGGGAAGUCUGCAAAGUAGUUUCCGACGUCCUGAAGGAGGUGGAAGUGCAGGAGCCCCGGUUCAUCAGCUCUCUCAACGAGAUGGACAAUCGCUACGAGGGCCUCGAGGUCAUCUCCCCCACCGAAUUUGAAGUGGUGCUUUACCUUAACCAAAUGGGGGUGUUCAACUUUGUGGACGACGGCUCGCUGCCCGGCUGCGCGGUGUUGAAGUUGAGCGACGGGCGCAAGAGAAGCAUGUCCCUCUGGGUGGAAUUCAUUACCGCCUCCGGCUACCUCUCGGCGCGCAAAAUCCGGUCCAGGUUUCAGACGCUGGUGGCUCAAGCGGUAGACAAAUGUAGCUACAGGGAUGUGGUAAAGAUGGUGGCAGACACCAGCGAAGUGAAACUGAGAAUCCGAGAUAGGUACGUGGUGCAGAUCACCCCGGCUUUUAAAUGCACCGGGAUCUGGCCCAGGAGUGCUGCCCACUGGCCACUUCCCCACAUCCCCUGGCCGGGACCCAACCGGGUGGCGGAGGUCAAGGCGGAAGGGUUCAAUCUCCUAUCCAAGGAGUGCCACUCCCUGGCCGGCAAGCAGAGCUCGGCCGAGAGCGACGCCUGGGUGCUGCAGUUCGCCGAGGCAGAGAACAGACUGCAGAUGGGGGGCUGCAGGAAGAAAUGCCUCUCCAUCCUCAAAACCUUACGGGACCGUCACCUUGAACUGCCAGGCCAGCCCCUGAACAAUUACCACAUGAAGACUCUGGUUUCCUAUGAGUGUGAAAAGCAUCCCCGGGAGUCGGACUGGGACGAGUCUUGCCUGGGUGACCGGCUUAACGGGAUUUUGCUGCAACUUAUCUCCUGCCUGCAGUGCCGGCGGUGUCCUCACUACUUCCUACCGAACUUAGAUCUGUUUCAAGGCAAACCUCACUCGGCUCUCGAGAACGCUGCCAAACAAACGUGGCGACUGGCUAGAGAGAUCCUGACCAACCCGAAAAGUUUGGAAAAACUUUAGAGGACAAUUUAAUCGAGAGCCGAAAUGUGAUUAUACUAUUCUUAAAGUUCUCAUUAAGUGUAAACUUCCUGUUCGAUUCCUAUCUAAUAUUCCACUGGACAGUGAAAACAAUCUCUUCCUUAAAAAGGAGUACUAACACAACGUUUAGGCAUCAUCUCACCCACCCCUCCAAGGGGAGAAAAAGAAGUAGGGAAAGCGGAUGGAGAACACCCCAAACUCACAAGUAUUAGAAGACUUCUUUACAAAGGAUUUCGUAUCUCCCUUGAAAAGUACACAGUAACACCCGGAAAACAGCCUGGCUGUAAUGCAAGACCACAGUGAACACUGCUUAACUAUCAAAGGAUUAUAGCAAUCCUGGCGAUUUAGGUGCAUCUGGCUGUGAGUAAACACGAUUUGGAUAUGCCAUCUGAAGGAAAGUGUAAUGUAUAUUUUAAUUUGUAACAAAUAUUGUGAUCUCACAUUGUCUUUGAAAGUGUGGAUGUUGGUGUUUUGUGAUUUGGUGAACAGAAGUUAAAUUGCCAUUUUGGAUACUUCCAGACAUUUUCCACUAACAAAGAUAUAAUUUAAAGGUAGAUUUCCUCCUGGUACUUUUAUCUGUCUUUGAA